CUCGUACACAGUGCUUAUUGAUCCUGUUCACUCGUAUGUAGUGCAGUUCGGUUUUUCACUAGUUUUUGGGGAAGAAAACUGGGAAAAUUGUGCUUCUCAACGCCAUCGACUACAUCGAAAGAAGAUCUGCAGGAUUGCAGCAAACGGAAAGAACUGUUGGGCGAAUAAAUUUGUUGCAUUUAAUGUAGUAUUCGGGAGUUUCUGGUGGAAUCUGUAUAUGUUAUGUCACUGUGGUGAAUGAAACUAAGAGUGAUACUUUUUAUCAAUGAGUGCUCUCUAGGACUACGAUCGUUUCAUUCAUAAUGAAAUAGAGAUUGUUCCAGGCAUUCAAGUGUUCAGAAACUACAGUGUUCCAAUACGAUUAAAGCCAUAACUGUGUCAAUCAAAAGUUAAUCAUAAGAAAGCGAAUUGAUAGUAUCGAUUGUCAUCCAUCAAAAUGCAGCCAUUCUCGAACAACGACUACGGGGGGAAUGAAUAUGGAAAUUAUGACCAACAACAGCAGAGCAUUCCGAUGCGUCCGACAGGCGCCGCCAGACCAAUGGUUGACCCUGAAGCGGCGGGAGAAGUCGAUCCCAGUCUCUAUCCUCAGGCGAAGGAAGCAACGCACAAAAUACGGGGAAAAUCCGACAUUCUGGAAAUGUUGUGUGGAUCGGUGGAUCAAGAACUGUUGCCCGUGAAGACGUUCUAUUUCUUCUUCUACGCCGCUUUUGGAUCAUUGUUUCCGCUGAUGGGAGUCUAUUUCAAGCAAAUGGGGAUGAACCCAGGCCAGUGUGGAUUGCUGAUUGGCACCAGGCCUUUCGUCGAGUUUCUAUCCGCUCCAUUCUGGGGAAGCUACGCCGAUCGUUGCAAAAAGGGAAAAAUGCUUCUGCUCGCUUCACUGGCCGCCUGGAUUAUCUUUACCCUGCCGCUCGGAUUCAUCCAACCGCCUGCCACCAGCUGUAUCGAACGUAAGAAUGCAACCGACUUCGAGCUGCGAACACCGCAAGUACCUCGCAUCCUGAAACGCUCCAUCGACCCGAACCUGCUGGAUGAGAUCACCUUCGGCAAGCACACCGUACCUGAGGAUCAUUUUGUGAGAGUUGAACGUUCUGCCCGACCGAUUGCGGCAGCUGGCCAAUCUCCGCUAGGUGUUAGUUAUGCGAACAAUUUCAAUGAAAAACUGCAUAAGGACUGGGUUUCACCCUUGUUCUCAUCCAUCGUUUAUAGGACUCCGGAUAUCCAAAAAGCUUUCUUCUUGCUUUUGCUUCUGGUUGUGAUCGGAGAGUUCUUCAGCGCACCUGCCAUCACCUUAGCCGACUCGGCGGUAAUCACAAUUCUCGGUGAAGAUGCAGAUCGCUACGGUCAUCAGAGAAUGUUCGGGUCUCUGGGCUGGGGGUUGGCAAUGUUUUUUGUGGGCAUUGCUUUGGAUCAUUCGACCGCGUUCCCAGACCACCCGUGCGGACCCGAACAACAGGAGAAAAACUAUUCCAUUUGCUUUGCAACGUUUUCGGUUCUGAUGGGUGCUGCUCUGAUCUCGGCGACUCAAAUAACCUUUAAGUACGACUACACGGAACAACCAGAGCCUCAGAUAGAGGUUGUACAGCAAGCCCCUACUAAGGAAGAACAAAUGCAGAAUCAGCUAGCUGAACAACUUCAACUUCCGGCAUUGGCGGCUGCCACCGGCGGAGGUAUAGCUGGUGCUGCUCCUCCUCCUCAUGCGCUUGGAGCCCAAACGAAAAUGUUCGCCCAAACGACCCGCGAGAUGCCAGAGUGGAUCACAGUUCUUAAACAGUUCAAGAAUAUCAAGUGUGCCUCGUUCCUGUUUGUGGCCUGGUUCAUGGGAUUCGGCAUCGGGUUGAUCUUCACCUUCCUGUUUUGGCAUCUGCAGGACUACGGAGGAUCACCGACACUGUUCGGCGUAGCGUCUGUGAUAAACCACAUAUCAGAGAUUUUCGCGUACUUUUUCAGCUUCCGGUUGAUCACGCAGAUCGGUCACGUUAAGGUGCUCUGCCUUGGAUUAGUCGGUAACAUUCUGCGAUUCUUGUACAUCUCAUACUUGAAAAAUCCGUGGUGGGUUCUUCCUUUCGAAUUUAUGCAGGGAAUCACUCAUGCCGCUGUCUGGGCCGCCUGCUGCUCGUACAUAGCCCAUAAUACUCCUCAACAUUUACGGUCUUCGGCACAAGGUGUUCUGCAGGGGCUACACCAUGGUUUGGGCAGAGGUUGCGGCGCCGUCAUUGGAGGAAUGUUCGUCAACUACUUCGGCACGACGACCACCUUCCGUGGAUACGGAAUAACCUGCAUCUUGGUGCUAGCUGGAUUCAUAUUCAUCAAUUUCUACAGGAAAGAGCAAGGAUUUAUCUCGGAAAUUCCAACGACGGAGGAUCCCCAUCAGGUCGCAGAGGAAACGGCCCAUCUGGCUCCGCACGGCGUACCCAGCAAUCCGAUCCCACGGGCGUUAUCCAGCACGCGCCUGAACGAGAUUGGCGCCCAAAAUGGCGACAACGGUUAUGGAACCUAUCAAACUACCGGCGGAGCGUUGGAUGUUCCCGGUGGAGCUCCCGGAGCUCGCAAUCCUUUCGCCGCUCCGCAGCAGAACAACGGCUACGGUGGCAAUCAGUACUAAGGAGGGGUUCGUUUCAAUUCGACGUUGCCACGGGGUAGGCUAGAUCGGGCUAGAUGCAUUGUACGUGGUUUUCAUAGUUCUACUACUACUAGUUCACAUACAUUACCAUUAGGAACACUAUUGACAUUACCUUCAACGCAUUGUAUGCAGUCGAUAUGGGUUGGGCGUUUCAGUCGAAGUAGGGAAGGUUGAGGCAGCCGAUCGGUUAUUCGGUUUGAAAUGAGUCUUUUGAUAUUUCUCUAGUGAGCUCUUGAUUUCAUAACUUACAUAUGUUGCAACAUUUCACAAGUUCUGUUUCUGGUUGAUAUGUUAUAACAAUCGGUGGACUCUGACCAUUGCUGUGCGUGCAUGACCGGUAAAACUGUCUUGCGAAGGUAAAUUGGAAGGUGUCCAGUGUUCCGUUUGUAAUUACCUUCCUCAGGUGCUGUCAAUAAUGGUGAAUCAGAUCCUCCAUUAGCAAUACUGUUGCGCAUCAUCUUGAGAUACUACUCAAAUACAGUGACUUCCGAUCUCUUCUUCUUAACCCUCUUUAUGCAUUAAGGUUUUUUUUACCCAAACCGUACACUACGUCAAGGAGCUGUUCCUAACGUGAUACUUUAAGCAUCCAUUGCGUCUGACUUCAAUGCAGGUAAUGUCUCUUUCUACCUUGCUUUCUAUGACAUCUUUGGGCGUCAUUUGUUAUAGCGUCCAGAAUGAUCAAUCGGAUCACAGGUAUCUAUUUCUAGAUAUGAUUCCGCGUAGCCAAUGAAGAAGCCCUCUAUACGAGGAACAUUGGAAAUUCUAUGUUAACAAGCAGUUUAACAUCAGAGCAAGAACGUGGUAUGGUUGAGCAGGCUGUAAGCCUAUGGAGAACAUCUAGCACAGCUAGACAGCCAGAGCAAUCGAAGACUAGUGGAGAUCUUAAUCAAGUAGACAAGGUAGACAAGCAUAUCCUCUUAUAUUAUUAUAAGUUUUCCCCAAAUGAAUGGGCAUUAAUUGGCAAAAGACUGCUUUAACGUGGUAAGUGCUGCUUGGCAGUGUGGAACUUCGAAAAGCAUUGAACCUCCACUUAACGUCUUAACAAGAAAGCUGGCAACUCUAGAAACCUGCACAUAUAACGCUCAUUGCUCAUCGUUUUCCUGCCAGCAAACAUGCAAAGAAUCAAAACUAUUGACCUAACUGAUUAUCCCAAACACGGGUUAAGGUCAUGCGAGGAAAAGAUGGGAUAACUGUUGCCACUACUGACCUUGAUCCAUUAUUGAUCUGUAGAGUGUGCCAAACCUUGGUUUUCCACGGACGGCAGCUUUCUGGUAACCGGCAGACGGUAGAUUGCUUCCUACAACAAAUGGUGAACUCCCGGGCUCCGAGUUGGCCUAAGGAGGAUCCGGGGAUCCGGGAAUGCCUAAGGAGGUUGGCCUUAGACCUGUGAGUGGUCAGUAAACUACGGAUUGUUGGACUUUUUGUCGCCUGCAGUUGUCGCGUCAAUACCAAUUCAAAAUUCAUCCAUGUUCCGAAGUCAUGUCAUCGCAUGAGAACAGGUUGUACAGAAUAGGUCCCAGUAGACUGCCUUGAGGGACGCCGGCGAUUACGUGAUACCUGGAACAUGAACUUGUAACGUUUGGUUUAACUAAUAAUCCCUUAUUAUUUUGACAAUGUAUGUCGGGACAUCCGUCAGCACCAACUUGUGCACGAGCUCGUCGUGUCACACGUUGUCGACGUCUUGUAGGACCAAUACCGUGUUGUUGGAAAACGCCUUUUUUUGCUGGAUAGUGUUCUCUAGCCGGACCUAUUGGUUGACGGUUGAGUGUGUUUCUUCAGCCGCUGAAGAGUACGAAGGAUUUACUUACCGCUGACAGCAACAAGAUUGGUCUAUAUCACGUUGAGGAGGUUGGGUUUUUACCAGGUUUAAAAAUAAGGAUAAUUGUCUCUAUCUUCUAACUAGGAAGUAGCCUAACUAAAAAUACCUGGAAAAUAAAGAUGUCUGCCAAGAAACGAUAGGCUUUCGCUGGUAGUUUCUUCAACACCAGGUUGAAGAUGAUUUAGUUUCUGCCAACAGCUUUGCCUCACUUCACAAUCUCUCGGACCUCGUUUCCUGUCACUUGGUCGGCACAUGGGGCGUCGUCGAUGAGAUGAUCAAGUUUAUGGAUAGAUCCUCGAGCAGUUUCUUCUUGAGGCUUACCAAGUUCCCAAGCAACAUACAUGUCUCAGAGAAGUCACGGCCAUGCAGGUUUCUGGUUGCACGCCAGUCAUUUUCAAGUUAUUUUGCCUCUGAGUAAUUCUGCUUCAUAACCAAGAAAAACCUGCGCUGUCGUGACUCUUCUGUGACAAGUGUGCCGCUUGGUCCUCCUCUUCUUGGCGUAACGUCCUCACUGGGACAAAGCCUGCUUCUCAGCUUAGUGUUCAAUGAGCACUUCCACAGUUUUUAACUGAGAGCUUCCUCUGCCAAUGACCAUUUUGCAUGUGUAUAUCGUGUGGCAGGCACGAAGAUACUCUAUGCCCAAGGAAGUCAAGGAAAUUUCCUUUACGAAAAGAUCCUGGACCGACCGGGAAUCGAACCCGUCACCCUCAGCAUGGUCAUGCUUAGUGUUCAAUGAGCACUUCCACAGUUUUUACUGAGAGCUUCCUCUGCCAAUGACCAUUUUGCAUGUGUAUAUCGUGUGGCAGGCACGAAGAUACUCUAUACCCAAGGAAGUAAAGGAAAUUUCCUUUACGAAAAGAUCCUGGACCGACCGGGAAUCGAACCCGUCACCCUCAGCAUGGUCAUGCUGAAUACCCGUGCGUUUACCGCCUCGGCUAUAUGGGCUUGGUUUAGCCCUCAGAUUGUACACCUCCACCAGUUUGCAAGCGAUGGCGUUCGCUUUCUCCGACGGAUUUACCAAGAUACAUCAGGCACUGUCCUUUAGUGGAGGGACUCUUGAGUACUAUGGCCAUUUUUAGUACUAUGGCCAUUUUCCAAGAUGACCGCGAAUAGUCGCCCUCCUGCUUGAUGUUGUGAAGAUUAGGGAGACCUAUAGAUUCAUCAGUAGGCAAGCACUACGUUGGAACUGACGCCGGAUAGCGUUCCGUUGUUGGAUGAGUCACUGCAGGACGUGAUCUAUCAGAGUGAACAUGCACUUUACUCGGUUGCAUGGAUGGCAAACACGCCCAGUUGGCUAUUACGGCGAUAACGUCGACAGCUGAGAUGUCCGGGAGGCGGAAGUCCACCAGACUAAAUGUUACCCAAUUGGCCCAGAUAGUCCAUUCUCAUUACUGGCGUAGUCGGAGUGGGGUCGCAGAUGAGCUCGCACACUACCGGAAAGUUGAUAGCUCUUAGGUCAUGGUAAAUCACUGGCUUGAAACGCGCCAACUCUGACAAAAACUCUGCUACCGUGAAAGCUGAGCUAGCUAAAAAGGGAUACGUCGGAUCAUCUGUUAUAUUCUGCUGUACCGAGAUAGUCCGUCAGGAGCUUUCCAUUCUUGUUGCAGGUGGGGUUUCUCCAUAGGAUAUGGCGAGCAUUGGGGUCAUCAAUCACUGAGAAGUUAGUGCGGUUUUCGGUAAGCUUACGAAGGUCUUCGACGAAGUGCCUGGAUGAAUCUCCAACACUGUCGGGGAGUGUACACAGCAUACAGCGUGAUAUAUUGGCUAAAAAGCCAAUCGUUUCGAUAAUGAUUGUCUUCAAAAGGGUGGGAUUACGUAUCGGAUGACGUGCUUGAUAUGACGACGGCUACGUCACCAUCGCUAGAGUUUGGACGGCUCAGCUGAAGCAUGGUACAGGUUGGGAGCGAGAAGUAGUUUGCUAUGUUGAGCAGGGUUUCAGAGCGGGCAUUCCAAUUGGCAACACGGAUGGGCGGAGCUCAGUUGACCCCAUUUAUAUUCGCAUAUCAUAUUCCCACCAACUCCUUAUUUGAACCAUCUGGUCCGAUUUGGACCUGCACCGCACCAUACGACCGCGGAAUACCAUCAAGGUAGCGUCGGCUAAGCUGUUUCUGAACGGGCGCUUUCUCUUGGGUGCUGCAGUGGUUGUCACCGAUCCGUUAGGUAACGCGGGCAAGUUCUCCUGGGUUAGAGCCGGCGCCGAGGGAAUCGUCUUGGUCGUUUUCCAUCUGGGCUGGUUCUUUACAGUUGCCUGCUGAUCUAUACGUAAAUAUGUACUCCAGUACGCUUCAGGCAGUUACGGUCUGCAGCCGGAUGGUUGCCUUCACAGUUGACACAGUGAACUUGAGCUGGCAACUAGUGCUACAUCCGAAUCCGUGAUAAAGACAACUCAUAUACUGUGUCACGUCAGCCAUCUUAUUGCGGUACGCUUCCCUCCGCACGACGAUCCGUGCUCCGAUGAUGAUGUGCACUGCCUGGGUUUUGAUGUAAUGUUCUGCCUGGCAGAUCCGGUUGGUCGAUCAGUGAGAGGCCACGGAGAACGUAGAUAUGGGCGGACGUUCGGUUUGGCAUUCAUGUAGUCUCGUUUCUGGUGAAGUUGUUCAACUUUACGGAUGUUCUGAGUAAAGCGAUAGCUGAGCUGAAGAAAUUUAAAACUGACUUAACGUCACUUUUCUUCAUCUUUUCAAACACGCACGUGAAUUCUGCAUUAUAAACUGCCUCCGUCUAUACUACUGGUAUUUCCUGAGAUGAUGUGGUUUGAGGGUUGUCCGACAGGGAGACGAACUGGUUGUUGUUCAGCAGCCGCUGUUUCUACUUGUCGUCGUCGUCGUCGGGAAGCGAGAGCUCUGGCUUUUUCAGCUUACGCGCCAGAGGUUGCGGUACCCUUAACUGCGGCGCAUCACCUAUUGGUGCAUCGUCAUUCUCCAUCCACCACCCGUAGAGGGAAGAACUCGGAACGUAACACUUUUAUUUCGUGAGUGAUGCGUCCAAGCUGAACAAAUACACGGAAUAGAAUUAUGUUGUAGAUAAUGUUUCAUCAUCUUUUCAUCCAUCGGUCGCCAGAUUUUUUGGUCGUCACACGUCAGAUGGGCGGGGUCAACGGUAUGUAAUUGAGUGCUGUCGUCUUCGCUCUCGCUGGCUUGCUGUUGUCAGUCGUAGUUCACGAGCGGGCGUGAACAUUUUGUAUGGGUAUGCAUUGAGGUUCUAGUUCCAUGUGUUCAACGUGGCACCAUAAAUCAAAGUGUUUGAUGUCCCAUAGAGGAACAGUCGAGUGUCGACUUCGCACAAAUUUGUCAAAGCUCGUGGCACGAUGGUAUAAAGCAAGACAUAAUCAACAAUAGUACGCCACAAUACUCGGUUUGUGGCUGCCGCUCUCCAUCCUCGGUCGCGCCCAAUGCUCGCUAGGUCACGCUCCACCUGGUCCACCCAUCGUGCUCUCUGCGCUCCACGCCUUCUUGUGCCAACCGGAUCAGUAGUAAACACCAGCUUUGCAGGGUUGUUAUCCGGCAUUCUUGCAACAUGUCCUGCCCACCGUAUCCUUCCGGCUUUGGCCACCUUCUGGAUGCUGGGUUUGCCGUAAAGUGCAGCGAGCUAGUGGCUCAUCCUUCUCCGCCACACACCGUUAUCCUGCACACCGACGAAGAUCGUCCUUAGCACGCGUCGCUCGAAAACUCCGAGUGCUUGCAGGUCCUCCUCCAGCCUGGUCCAUGUCUCGCGUGUCGUUAGAGGACCACCGGUCUUAUCAGCGUCUUGUACAUGGUGCACUUGGUGCGUGGGUGAAUCUUUUUUGACCGCAGCUUCUUCUGGAGUUCAGAGUGGGAACGACUUCCACUGAUGAUUGAAAGUCUCUCUAAUAAAGACAAAUCAAUCAAUCAAUUCCACUGAUGAUACGCCUCCGUAUUUCACGGCUAGCAUUGUUGUCAGCCGUAAGUAAGGAAAGGAUCCGAGGUAAACGAAUUCCUCCACCACCUCGAAGGUAUCCCUGUCUAUCGGCACAUUACUACCUGCCAGUAUGUACUUUGUUUUGGACGCAUUCACCAACAGUCCGCACUUCGCUUUUCAGGUGGAUCUACAGUUCUGCCACCGUUCCAAAUGUUCUGGCGAUAAUAUCCAUGUCGUCCGCAAAGCACACAAAUUGACGGGAUUUUGUGAAAAUUGUACCCCGGUUGUUAAGCCCGGCUAAAUCCAACAAUCGGUAUCGAAUAGCUGUAAAAGAUCUGAUAAAAAUCUCGAGCGGUUCGAAGACACUAUGUAUAAGGGAUCCAUAGUAAGAGGGCUAUCAAGGUGGAUGAAGACAUGUGGAUAAGCAUGGUAAGGGGCAGGGAAUGAUACAGCGCAGAUCAGCGGCGUUUUCCGACAUCGUUGAUAGUUCUGGACCGGAGGCUGUACCAUCGGAUGCUGUACCACAACAGAACAGGCGUAAUCUUCUACUACUUCGACUGAAACGAUUGCCUCCCAGAAACGCGGCCCAUUACUUGUACCCAGAGAUGGCAUUUCACCGUAGCGAUUCACUGCGGCGUCAGUUUAUCGACCACACUGGGGAUAGGAACAUUUUUCACCACACCAAGAAGCCAGUUUCUCUUGUUUUGGGUGGUAGGUAGACCAAGCGCUAGUGCGUGCUCUUGCUCGUCCGCCUUGGAUCGAGUGUGGCUCACUCUUUCGCGCGCAUCGCUCUCCGGCGCUCUCCCGUGUUUUCACCCAGCAGUCACCGAAUUAUCACCAUGGUGUCGCCGGGGCGAGAACUCUCCGGCGUUUCACCGCAGCGCGCACUCUGGCGCAAAAACCUCACUGGAGCGCGCACCCGGGUGAUUUUUUACACUUUCACCGAAGAGAAUUUGAAAUCGCUCUCGCCGCACUGUUGUGUGGCCUAGUGCUCAGGGAGCUAAGAGAUUUAUUUCUACCCACCAAGCUUGCGCGCAUCCGAAUCGCAGUGGUGGAUCCACAUAAAGAGAAGGGCUCCUGUUCAGAUGCACAGCGUGAGUGGUGUAUUUUCUAUUUCUCUUUCCCACACUGAGGAUAUGGACAUCUCUGCUUGUACCACCCCACCAACAUUGACUACCUAGUUUGUACGAUUUCGAAAAGUACUCUCUAAAACAAUUGUUACUGGAUUCUACUGGAUAGUUUAUAAUUUGUUUCCCGCAAUAUAUCGAAAUUUAACGAGCAAAUGAGGAGAAAAAAAGAACAUAACGCUAGCUUGUAAGCACUCUUACUAUUCUAUGGUUGAAAUGGUAAUCUCAAUCUUAGUAUUAAGUCUUAUCUUCUUAAACUUCGCGCAGGUAAGCGGCCUGCGAUGCAUUAUUGGGCGUUUUACGUUUGAAAGAACAGAUAAGUAUUAGCUAACAAUACUCUAUUGGCACAAAUGUCAUUUAUAACCUUGAGUUCCGUUUGCAUAAAAGCUAACUGUCGUUGAGUUUAUUAUUCGUUGAAAGUUUAAGAUAGUUUAUGAAAACACAAAACAAUUCAAGCAAACAAAAUUUUCGAGUAGGUUAUUUUUUAUGAAAGUUUGUUAAGUUUUGCCUAUUACCUAUUGCACUGAAACGUUUCAAUCACUUGCACAACGAAAUCUCUCGUCCGCUGUAACAGUAUGUUAUAAAGUUUAUUUUACCAGCGCAUACUCCGGUUUUGUCGGAUCCAUGAUCUGCAAAAACCUCAACCUGGUCGAGAAAUGUCUCAUUUGAGUAUUUUGAAAAUCAACGGAUUGCGAAAAAUUUAAAAAAAAAUCAAAACACUUGGAAUGCAGAACAUCGGUCCGAUGAAGCAAGACCGUAUCAAUUUAGCGUGAUAAUUCCUAACGAAGGGUUUUAUAAACGAAAAACAAAUAUGUACGACUAAAUGUUACGCAAUGCCAGCAAAAGCUUUAUUGAAGAAUCGUAUCGCAUAUCAGUUUUCACUACAAAUUUUAAGAACGAACAAAUCAGAAUAUUCAAAAUAUUUAAGCAGAUGUAACGUUGAGUACUAUUUACCGUAUUUAUGAACAUUGAAAAUGUUUGAAAGCUUCAUACGAUAACCGAAACAAAAAAAAACAAAUCGGAACAAGCUGAAAACUGCUCUUGGUACAAUCUUUUCCUGUUAUUCCUACCAGCACCACGCAAAACUAUCAUUAUCAAAAAAAAUGCAGCUUUUGUAAGAAAAUCAUUCGUUCAGACAUUCAUCUUUUACCAGCAUUUACGUCAUCGUGAAACGAAAUACAUUCCAAGCAUAGACAAACAAAACUGAAUACGAUUAAGUGUGAAAGAAAAAAAAUAAAAAUAAAACAGUCAAAAACAUAAAAACCCAAAAUAUUGCAUGAUGCAUGGUUGUCAUCUUCUGUUACAAAUAGUGUUAUAUUCGACUGAUUGAAACAAAAGCAGAGGUUUAAAGUAUCAAAUCGUAUAUAGCUGUAGCAGCCGGAAAGAGGGUAAAUCUACCAAACGAAAAGACAAACAACUAAAGUAUUGAUGUGGUGUCAUAUGAAACUGACCUGUAUGAGUGUAUGGGGCGUAGGAAAAUUCAGGCCGAUUGAUCAAUCGGAUUAAAAAAUACCAUAAAUUUAACCGGAGAAACGUGUACAGCACUGAUAUUAAUGUAAAUGAUAAUAAUAUAGUUCACACACGACUACACUGAAAUAUUUGCACUACUAAACAGAACUACAUUAAAACGAGGGACGUCAGUAUAAUGAAAUCUACAGAA